GCUGGGAGCCAGGACUCCUGGGUUCCAUUAGUUAUUUCCGUGUUGAGAGCGUGAGAUUGAGUCUCUUUCAUGGGCGCGGGUGGGGGGGGAGGAGGAUUCUGCCCCACGGACAGUUGGACGGGGCAGCGGUUGUGGGGCAGAGCCAAAUGCAUGCUGGGAAAUACAGUACUCUCUCUCCAGUCGGCGGCUCCCCACUCUGAGCUCCCAGAGCCUCGCCCCCACCCCCGGGACUUUGAACCCAGGCGAUCGGCGAGGGAGGGGGCAUGGAGUGCGUUGUCCGGCCCUGCAGGGCUGAAGACUGUGUGGAGGUCGUGCGGAUGAUAAAGGAGCUGGCAGAGUUUGAGAAGCUCCCGGACCAGGUACAAAUUAAUGACCAAGUGCUCAGGGAAGAUGGUUUCGCCAACGACCCUUUCUACAGAUGUCUGGUGGCAGAGGUCCCGCCCGAACACCGGAGUCGAGACGGACACACCGUCGUGGGGUACGGCCUCUAUUUCUUCACCUACAGUACCUGGAAAGGCAGAAACAUCUACAUGGAAGACCUGUACGUCAUGCCUGAGUUCAGAGGUAAAGGCAUUGGCAAGAAGCUUAUGAGUAAAAUUGCAGAGAUUGGUGUGGAGAACAGAUGCACCCAGAUGAAGUUUGUGGUGCUGGACUGGAAUCAAGCGGCCAUCGACUUCUACCAGGGCCAGGGGGCGGUGGACCUCACGGCCGCGGAGGGCUGGCACUUCUUCCACUUCGAAGGAGAUGCCCUGGAGCAGCUGGCGCAGGCCAGUGACGUGGCCACCAGCCCCAACUCCCCUCCCAGAGCCGGGGAGAGAACCCAGGAGUCCUGGCUCCCAGCCCCAACUCCCCUCCCAGAGCCGGGGAGAGAACCCAGGAGUCCUGGCUCCCAGCCCCAACUCCCCUCCCAGAGCCGGGGAGAGAACCCAGGAGUCCUGCCUCCCACUCCUCUGCUGUAAACCUUCAUAGAUGCUCCUGUAAAACCCCUUUCCUCUGCUCAAUUUGGUGGAGGCAGGGCGGUUUGGGGGUCAGGCAAGACUGUGUGAAUGAGGAUAGUAGGGGGAGGGGGUCUCUAGAUCCACUGGGGUCCCGUGUUCCAACAGGCCCCAGCGUCUCGUGCAUGGAAUAAAACCAUGGCAAACAAA